GCUUUAGACGUUCCUAGUUGCUGUUGAGAGAACUUAAACGAAUGAAAGCAAGUGAAGGCUCUUUAUGUCGAUGAGUUGGUUUGGCUUUGGUUUCAAUGGAUUUGGUCAGAUAAGGCCGUGGGAUGUGAGUGGACAGGUGUCGUGUAAAGUGAACAAACCUGUCCUGAUCUCAGAUGUGUUCAGAUCACACUGCAGAGUCAGAGCCAGCUGGAGCUCCAGAGCUGAUGUGCAUCACACUGACUGUGGCAGUCAUGUGUGCGUGUCCGGCUCAUCACAAGAGCUCUGCGCGGGUAUUGAGAGUCAGGGCUGCACGGACGCUCUCAUCGGUGAAAGAUAUCUGACGCUCAGCUUCACAGGCAAAGUGGAAUGCUGGGAAAUCCGGCAGCCACAAAACAAGCUCGUGUGGAAGAGCGAGCAAGAGCUCUCCGAUAGUACCGUUUCGCUGCCGUUGGUGUCAGGGGGGUACAUCGUGGCCAGACCUCCUUUCUUCCGUCCUCUCUGCUCUAAACUCUGCGCCGUGAGCCUGGCGUUGGGCUCUGAACACGCUGUGCUGCUGACGUCGGACGGGUCCGUGUAUUCCUGGGGAUCCGGAAGUCACGGUCAGCUGGGUCACGGCGCUCUGACGUCUCAGGAGGAUCCUCAGGUGCUGGAGGCUCUGUGGGGCGUCCCGGUCAGAGCGGUGUCUGCUGGGAACUGGCACUCCGCUGCCGUCAGCGUUGGUGGGGACCUGUACAUGUGGGGAUGGAAUGAAAGCGGGCAGCUCGGUCUGCCAUCUAGAGGCCUGGAGGAGCAAAGGCUCAAAGGAAAAAGCGGAAACGCUGAGCAGCCCACGAAGGAAAAUGAAAAGAAGGAAGCGGAUGUGUUUAUUUCUAUUCAAGCGUUCCCAGCUCUAGUAGACAUCUCUAAUGUGUCAGAGGUGGUCCGGAUCAGCUGUGGAUCCCGUCAUACGGCGGCCGUCAGCGGUACGGGGGAUCUCUACACCUGGGGGUGGGGCCGUUACGGACAGCUGGGACACGGCGCUGAAAAUAGCACCGAUGAGCCUACGCUGGUGGACUACUUCCCGAGCCAUCGGAUGCGUGUUAAAGAUGUUGUUUGUGGGUUAUGGAACACGUUUGCGUCCGCUGUGCCAAAAGAACAACCUCCGUCCUGACCGGAAACAGAGUGUCCUAUAAAUACAGGACGCUGCGUUAAUGAAGAUCAAAGGCGCAGGUGAAUCAUCCGGACCGGAAAGCGUCUCCCGUUCUGUGUAAACUUCACAGCACAAUCUUGAAUGAACUGCAAAAGAACAUGCUCGGUCAAUGAGGAGAGUCUUCAAGUCUUCUUAGGACGUUCACACUUAUCUGAUUGAGAGUUGUAAUUACGAUGUAAUUUUGGUCUGAAUAAAUUAGUAAUUUUU